UCAAACAAAGUGCAGAGACGUAAGUGCAGUCUGUGAUCUUGACACAAUUUGUUGAGUGCCGUGAAGACGGACAGGGACUACUAUCAGUAGAUAUGGCUGCCGCAAGUUGCCCUGCAGUACGGUCUGGAUACAAAUUUAUCGACAUUGGAGCCAACCUAACAGAUCCCGUAUUCCGAGGAGUGUAUCGGGGCAAAACCGCUCACGCAGAUGACUUCGAUGCUGUCCUUCAGCGUGCCUUCGAUGUUGGUGUUGACAAGAUUAUGAUCACAGGUGGCAGUCUGGAGGACAGUCGCGCUGCAUUGGAGCUAGCCAGGUCACAUGAACGUCUGUACAGCACAGUGGGAUGUCACCCGACGCGGUGUGGAGAGUUCGACAAGGCCAGCAGCCCCCAGCAAUAUCUUGAUGACAUGCGCGCACUGAUCAGAGAUGGCGGGGAGAAGGUAGUGGCGCUGGGAGAGCUUGGUCUCGACUACGAUCGACUUCACUUUUGCGGCAAAGAAACACAGCUCAAGUACUUUGAGUUGCAGUUUCAACUGGCCGAAGCAACCGGUCUGCCGCUGUUUCUGCACAGUCGCAACGCCCACGAAGACUUUAUAGGUCUGAUGCGUAGAUAUCAUGGCCGUUACAAGGGUGGAGUGGUACAUUCGUUCACAGGCGAUGCCAAGGAGAUACCAGAGAUGCUUGAAUUGGGAUUGCACAUUGGCAUAAACGGUUGCUCAUUGAAAACUGCAGAGAAUGUUGCGGCUAUGCAGUCCAUACCCAAAGACCGACUGAUGAUCGAAACAGAUGCGCCAUGGUGUGAAAUUCGCUCAACACACGCAGGUCACCGUCAUGUCAAGACCAGCUUUCCGUCGAAGAAGAAGGAACGCUUUGAGGCGGGAAGCACUGUGAAGAGUCGCAACGAGCCCUGCCACAUCAUUAAUGUCCUGGAGGUAUUGGCUGGAGAGAGACAGGAGGAUGCUAGCGAGCUAGCUGACGCCAUGCACCACAGUACGAAGGCAAUAUUCUUCCCAUCAGCAUGAUAGCUGAGUGACAGUGUCGAACUGGCUGAUAGAUACCACGCAAGCUGUAACUUCGGUGACACAGUCAUUGCUACUCCGCAGAUUGCUGACGUGUGCGUUGCCAUGGUCACGAUUGCUACAGCUACCGUUGCCUGGGUGAUGUUUUGAACAUGUUGCACGCACUGGUAUCAUUAUUGCACAUCCGGUGUUGAGUAGGUCCAAACAUUGUUAUUGUUUCUCUCA